UGUAAUUUAUUGUCGACUAGCUUUAUUUAUAAGAACAUCUAUAAAAAGUUUUACAUUAUUUCUAAAUGUAUACACAAUACUAAUAUAUUUUUUUUGGUAAAUACAUUUGUAAGUUCAAUUUUCAAAUUUUAAUAUCAAAAAUAUAUUUUAAGACAUGUGGUAUGGCGGAGUUUGUAAAUGUUCAUGUCGGUUCAUUUGUCUCAUUGCAUAGAACAAUGCGUAGACAUCGACGACGAAUUCAUCCAAUCACUCCUCAGUCUAUGACUGAUUUUCACGUGCAGUUAACUGGAGAUUAUGCGCACUUGUCUAUGAUACAUAAUCAAUCAAUAUACUGUGGCAUUGUUGGUACAACUCCAGAGGAAGGAACCACUUUACUUUUCAUUUUGCCUGAAAUCAAAAAUUUACUUAGGACUGGUUCAACUUUUUUAUUGGAUGGCACAUUUUCCAGUUCACCAAGUUUUGGAAACGAAUGCCACCAAUUAUAUGUCAUAAUGGGCAUAGCGUUUAAUACUGUAAGUUUUGUAUGUAAUUUGUAA